UCCGGAUCCGGAGCGGCUGAAAGGCGGAAGUGGAGGCCGGAGCCUGGGACACCGCCGGGGGCAGAGGAGCGGAGCCUGUCCGAGCCCCGGCCCCAAGUAACACCGCCACCCCGAAGCCGCCCCAAGGAGCCAGCCAGGAUCUCAGCAGCAUUUGAAGUCUUGGGCACUUUUUAGGGUUGGAGGUCCCCCUCCUCACUAAGUGCCUCUUCGCACAGCGCCGGCCCCUGCCCCACGCUCACUGGUACCACUACAGCAGGACGGGCCAUGGCGGGUCGGGGAGGUGCAGCGCGACCCAACGGACCGGCUGCUGGGAACAAGAUCUGUCAAUUUAAGCUGGUCCUGCUAGGGGAGUCUGCGGUGGGCAAAUCCAGCCUCGUGCUCCGCUUUGUCAAGGGACAGUUCCAUGAGUACCAGGAGAGCACAAUUGGAGCGGCCUUCCUCACACAGACGGUCUGUUUGGACGACACAACAGUCAAAUUCGAGAUCUGGGACACAGCUGGACAGGAGCGGUAUCACAGCCUGGCCCCCAUGUACUAUCGGGGGGCCCAAGCUGCCAUCGUGGUCUAUGACAUCACCAACACAGAUACGUUUGCACGGGCCAAGAACUGGGUGAAGGAGCUGCAGAGGCAGGCCAGCCCCAACAUCGUCAUCGCGCUCGCAGGGAACAAGGCAGACCUGGCCAGCAAGAGAGCUGUGGAGUUCCAGGAAGCACAAGCCUAUGCGGAAGACAACAGUCUGCUGUUCAUGGAGACGUCAGCAAAGACCGCGAUGAACGUGAAUGAAAUUUUCAUGGCGAUAGCUAAGAAGCUUCCCAAGAAUGAGCCCCAGAAUGCAGCUGGCGCUCCAGGCCGGAACCGAGGCGUGGACCUCCAGGAGAACAACCCAGCCAGCCGGAGCCAGUGCUGCAGCAACUGAGCCCCCCUUGCCUGCCCACUGCCCCCACCUCCUCCGCCUGACCGACCCGACUGGAAUCCACUCUAACCAAUCGCACUUAACGACUCGGGCUCCCACUGGGUGGGGGUGGGGGGACAGGGGGAGGGAGUCCGCCAUGACUUCUCCAUAGAAUUUUGAUCAUAGGCCGGAGUGAGUUAUUCCACCUGCACCUUUCUGUACAAAUACUAAUUCAAUUUUAAGUCUUAAGUCACUUUUUUAAUAUAUAUGAUCUUCUGCUCUUC